AUGUUACGCCUUUCGAUGGCUCGAGUUUGCGUAGAGAUCGACCUCCUCAAAGAGGAUCCCAUUCAGUUAGAUUGUGAGUUGAAGGAAAGUCUUGUUUUCAGCCAAUCUACUAUGAGAACAUGCCAUAAUACUGUGCUGAUUGUAAAAAACUUGGUCAUGAUCAUCAAUCCUGUCGACACAAUUCUAAAGCCUCAUCAUCACAAAGGCCAGAAUCACGUUCCUGAAAGUCCAUCGCUCGCUUUGAAUUCAGAAGAGAUAGAGGCUGAAGAACUGCCUCAAUUAUCAUCCAAAGCUGCCGCCGGAACGAAGAAUGUCGUACUUGAUGCUGCUGAACCUGCUGGCAAUCAUGGCCCUCUGAUUGUUAACGCCGCUACGAAUUAUCAUCAAUCCUCAUUCAAUUUGGUUACUGCCACACAACUUUCGCCAAUAGAAAGUCAAAAUCCCCCGGAGAAGCAAUAUGUUGAAGCUUGUUCUGGUUUGCGGGCAGCCACUUCUGUUCCGCUACUUCUGGAAGAUCAUCAAAUCAUUGUUGCCGACGUCACGGCUCAUAUAGAAGGUGCUAAUGCUGCUGUCGCUGCCGUCGCCGUUGCCACUGUUGCCCCAGUCGCGGCCGCUGCAAGGGACUCCACCAGUAGCGGAUAAU